GCCAUUCUGCAGAAGGCUCCAGGAUGAAGCGCACCUCCGUCCGCAGCUUCAGCAGCCGCUCCUACACUCCGGGCCCUGCAGGCUCCCGCAUCAGCAGCAGCUAUGCCUCCUCCGGCUAUGGGGGCACCAGGGGCUCCUUCCGAGGGGCCUCGCUGGGCAGCAUCAGCGGAGGAGGCGGCAUGGGGGGCAUCACGGCCGUCAGCGUCAACAAGAGCCUGCUGGCGCCCCUCAACCUGGAGAUCGACCCCACCAUCCAACAAGUCAGGACCAAGGAGAAGGAAGAGAUCAAGAGCCUCAACAACAAGUUCGCCAGCCUCAUCGACAAGGUUCGCUUCCUGGAGCAGCAGAACAAGAUGCUAGACACCAAAUGGAGCCUCCUGCAGAAUCAGAAGGUCACCCGAAGCAACAUGGACAGUAUGUUUGAGGCGUACAUCAACAAUUUGCGUCGGCAGCUGGACAGCUUGGGCCAGGAGAGAGGAAGGCUGGAUGCUGAGCUGGGUAACAUGCAAGGCCUUGUGGAAGAAUUCAAGACUAAGUAUGAAGAUGAAAUCAACCACCGUACAGAGAGGGAAAAUGAAUUUGUUUUGCUGAAGAAGGACGUGGAUGAAGCCUACAUGAACAAGAUUGAGUUGGAAUCCCGCCUGGAAAGCCUGACUGAUGAAAUCAACUUCCUGAGACAAUUAUAUGAAGAGGAGUUGCGUGUAAUGCAGUCUCAGAUCAAUGACACCUCUGUGAUCCUGUCCAUGGACAACAACCGCAGCCUGGACUUGGAUGGCAUCAUUGCUGAAGUCAAAGCACAGUAUGAAGAAAUUGCUGCCAAGAGCCGGGCUGAGGCAGAGAGCAUGUACCAGAUCAAGUAUGAAGAGCUCCGGUCCGUGGCAGGCAAGCAUGGUGAUGACCUCCGCAACACCAAGAAUGAAAUAAAUGAGCUCAGCAGGAUGAUCACCCGGAUACAGUCGGAAAUUGAUGGGCUAAAAGGCCAGCGUGCUAACCUGGAAGCUGCCAUCACAGAGGCAGAGGAACGUGGAGAGCUGGCCGUGAAGGAUGCCACUACCAAACUGUCUGAGCUGGAGAGUGCCCUGCAGAGAGCCAAGCAGGACAUGGCCCGGCAGCUGAGAGAAUACCAAGAGCUGAUGAACGUCAAGCUGGCCCUGGACAUUGAGAUUGCCACCUACAGGAAGCUGCUGGAAGGAGAGGAGAGCAGGUUGGAGUCAGGAAUGCAGAACCUAAGCAUUCAGACCAAAACAACUGGCUAUUCAGGUGGUGUAAGCAGUGGAUAUGGUAGUUUUGGGGGUGGAUACAGCUCAUACUCAAGUGGUGGAUACUCCAUGAAUUCUUCUCCACUGGAGACCUCCUCAGUGACCAAAUCAAAAGCCAUCGUCAUCAAGAAAAUUGAAACCCGAGAUGGAAAGCUGGUGUCUGAAUCCUCAGAUGUGCUCUCCAACUGAGUUGUGGUUGCCUCCAGUUCAGAGUGCCUUAAUCCAAUGAGCCUUACCUAUUCUCUAGCUAGGCUAGUUGAUCACUAGGAGAAAUUGGAUGGGGGCAGAAGAGGCGAGUGGUGAAAUUACUUCUUUUCUCAUAUAACUUUCUGUACAACAGGGCCGCUGGGAACUUUGUGGCCCUCAAAAUGCUGUUGGACAACAACAUCCCUCACCCUCUGGCCAUUGGUUAUGCUGCCUGGGGUUUAUGGGACCUGGAGUCUAAGAACAUCUUGAAGGCCAUAGUUUUUCCCAGAGCUGCUCUAGGAUAUUAGAUACCACAAAACACUAUGGAACCCUCAAUUCCAGCCACUCUUUCCAUCUCCCUCACCAGUCAGAGGGCUUUCCAUGCUGAAUCCUCAGUAGACUAUUUUUAUCUUCCUAUCCCCUGAGAGUUCUUUUCCUUCUGAUCCUUUCUGUUCGCAGGGAACAGCUACCUGAGGAUUGGUACUCAGGCAGGUUUGAGUGUGCUGUUUGUGUGUAUCAGGGAUGGGCAAUCUCUGCCCCUCCAUUAUGUCUUAAAGUUGACCAGGCUGAAUAGGCCAAAAACAUUGGAGGGUUGUCCUUGUGCAUUCCUGGUAUAUGUAAUUCCUAAUCCCUUUCUCUUUUUCUUUCCUAUCCUCCUUUCUCUCUGUAGAAACAAAAUAAUAAGUGCCUUAACACUCAGCUAUGCAUCUUCUCUUGCAGAUGAAGUCAUUUUGGUUUUGUUACAAGAACUAAAAUUGCCUUCUCUCUGCGGGAGAAGAGCUAGAGCUGCCCGUAUAUCUUUAAGAACAACUUGAACUGUGAAAAAUAUCAGGCAAAGCUUUUCCUGGAAUGCCAUAAAUACCACAAUUGCCUUCUAAUAACUGCUGAGCAAAGGUCUGGUAAACCAUAUUGCAACCAAAUCCUCAUUUCUUCCCACAUCUCAUAGAGGUAGGUAGAGCAUUUUUUAAGAUACCAAAGACCCUUCACAUAAAUACUGGCAUCACCUGUAGGCCAAAAGGGUGACCUACAUGAAGAAAUUUAAUGCCACCUCUUUCCUGCCCUGUCAUUCAAAUAAAGAGAUAUAUAUCUCUGUGCCUGGGAUGUCCCAGAUAUGACCAGGCAAUCUUUCAAUUCCCCUUGCCUCUUAGGAAUAAUGGCAGGAACCCUAUAUCACUGUCUACAUUAUGUAACUUCACAAAUUCUUACCUAUGUAGCAGAGAUGCUAAGAAACCCUAUUAGUUAAUUGCCAAGAUGCUUGUUUGGACACCAGCAACAGUACCCAAUGCACUUGGUUCCAUUGUGCAUUGAUCAUUUUGUCAGCUCUGCUACAUAGUAAUGUAAUAACAGUACUAGAUACGGACAUUACAAGUCUGCCCAAUUCAAAUUUCUGCAUACAGAAGCCUGCUUAUGAAGAUGAAAGUUCUAUAGAGGAUUCUGGUCCACUUUCUUAGGAAGAAUAAUGGAGCCUUGAAUUUUGAAUUGGUUUUGUCACUACUGAUCUAUUGGGGUAUCUUUCAGAAGUCUCUUCAACAGACUAAGAAGUUUGGGGCUGGAUUCCCACAACUUCCUAGUUCUGUAGGUAUUGUGAAAGGCAAGUCCUCACCCUAUCCAAUAGAAAUCAGAAAGUGUUGCUGAACUUCAACAAUGAAAAGACACUGCAGUUAUGCAGCCCUAUAGUUGUUUGCUUACUUUAAUAAAAGAGAUGACAGGAAAACGUGGGAAUGGCUGCAAGUGGGAGAUGUCCUUGCCUGAAUCCUCUUCAUAAUUCUGUUUCAUCUUACUGUAAUGGUGUUAUGUCUUCAGACAGCAAAAUUGUGUGAGCCAGUUAAUUGGUGGCUCUUCUCAUUCUGAUAAGGGAGUGUCUGCCCCAGCACUACUGUAACUGGGAGGCGAUGGGUAACUGUACACUAUAGGUUUCAUCUAGAAGCAUCCAUAGGGCAUGAUCCAACAGAAGGUUGGCUUAUGAUGUUUGUCAGGCUGCCCCCUCCUGCACCUUUUUAAAAAGAGUCAGAGCCCCUGAAUUCAUUAGGACUUAGUCAGAAAGACAAACACACAGAGUCUGCACUUUGAAAGGGAACAUGCUCCAAACAAACCUGAGAGAGAUGAGGGGACCUGGUGGGAUGCUCACAAAUGCUUCAUGUUUUGGGCACAUUAUUUGGUCAAAUCGGGGGACAGUUGGAAAUAAACUUUGGUAUUAAGAUAGGUACCAAGUUUGUUUCAGUUUCUUUCCAGUAAGAAUUUAGUAAAACUGCCAGAUUUCUCUACUUUUAGAAGAAAAAUUUGAAUGCUGUAGGGGCCAAAACUGGUGGGCAGAUUUUCCUAUCCUUGCUGGGAACAGUGAUUUGCUUGCUGUAGGCAGAAAAAGAACAUUUAACACUAAUCUGAGAUCUCAAGCCCUCCGCCUGUUUCAGUCUGCAGUCCCCACCAACCCUUGCCAUUCUGGGUGGAGGAUUAGAGUUGCAAGCCAAAAGGGUCCUCUUUUUUGUUUUAGACUUUCAUAAAUAAAAGUCAAGGACUGUUAUAGGUUCAUAUGCUUUGCAUGUUUAUUUGGAAGUAUGCCUUAAUUGCUGCCCCUGGCCCUCCAUUUUUUUUAGUGUGGAAUAUAGUUAGGUCAAAACUUCAAUCUAAACUGAGGCUGUGAACAAAGCUUUUGUGCUGAAGGAUGUGGAAAGGAAGCGUUCAGGCUUAGGAGGAGCACAAAGCGAGACAAUCUGUGAAUUACCUUUGAAAAACUUCACUUGGUUUCCAUUUUAUUUGCAAUAAAAAGCUUUACCUCUUGAACUCCA